UUUGCGUAUAUUUGAGAUAUGUUUAAAUACGGUACAGUUAAAAUUUCUGAUAUGUGUGGUUGUGAACAAAAUAAUGGACAAAUUCUUGAUAACAGGGUUGCAGAUUGAUAAAUUUCUAUUAUGUCUGGAAGAACAACUUAAUGUAUGAUGUUUGUUUGUGAUUUGUGUGUUCUGCUCAUAGAUCAUGAUCAAAACAGUAACUGCUAUGAGGAGCCGACUCAGCCAGAGAUAGAGAUAAUGCAUGUGACAGCACUGCUGAGACAGUUUUACUGUCUGAUGCUAGUAAAGUUAUCAGUCAUGGCCCAGAUCUGACUCUGAGCAACGGCAUUACAGGACAGAAAAACAAUUUAUGUGGACUUCAGCACAGCUGGUAAGCGUAGCUUGAAAUUAGGUCCACAACGGGGAUGACACCUAGCUAGACUCACACCUUAAGACCCAUAAUAUUGUAAUGCACUAACAUAAAACUAAUGAGUAUUAUGAAUUAUACAGUCAUUUUUUUAAUGCAAGGUUUUACAAAAUAGUAGGGAUGCACAGAUACAAAAUUUCCAUGCCGUACCGAUAUUCAAUUACUUGGAAUGACAGAUACAGAUAGUUUGGCUUUUUACUCACUCAAAUUAUGAUGUUCUUUAUGUGGCUUCAAAUGUUAGCUAGAAAGUAUCUAAAUGUUUGUGAAAUAUGAAAUGAAUAGUAUAAAAAAUAUCUAAAUCAUGUGCCCUCUUAUUAUUGUAUUCAUUACUCAUGUAUUUCAUUAAGAGUAACAUGACUGGUUUUCCAUCUAAACUCAUUGAUUUAUGGAAGUCACGUGAUCACAGCACACACACUGAUUUCUCUGGAUGCCAUCUCAGUAUUUACUAGGAUAAGCAGACAGCUGCUAUGGACUUUUAGAUAUAAGGACAAAAAUCACACUAACCUGCUACAACUCCUGCAGUGGAAUGUGACGUGAAGCUGCUCCCAUUCAUUUAAUGAUGCCCAUAUUGGAAAAAACUUAUGAACAGGUUUUUCACAAUCAAAAAGCGUCAUCAUGGAUAUGGAUAUGGUGAAUAUGUUUGCCAUUGCUGCAGGGACUCUUGCCAUCCCUCUGCUUUUGUUCAUGGCCUCAUUUAUGCUGUGGCCAUCAUCACUAAUCAAAUUCUAUUAUUGGUACUGGAGGAGAACAUUAGGUUUGCAGAUACGUUAUGCUGACUGUGGAGGUUAUCGCUUCUGUUACUCAUGCAGAGGGAAACCAGGCCUCAGGCCCUCUAUACUGAUGCUACAUGACUUUUCUGCUCACAAAGAUAUAUGGCUCCAGAUGGUGAAGUAUCUUCCUAAACAUCUGCACCUGCUGUGCUUAGACAUGCCAGGCCAUGAGGGCACAACACGUACUAGCACGGAUGACUAUUCAAUUCAGGGACAAGUCAAAAGAAUACGGCAGUUUGUAGAGGCCAUUCGACUAAACAGAAAACCAUUCCACCUGGUGGGCAUUUCAAUGGGUGGGACGGUAGCAGGAGUGUACGCAGCCAGCUAUCCAUCGGAUCUCUGCAGUAUGACCCUCAUCUGCCCGGCCGGCCUGAAGAACCAAAACAAAAGCAAGUUUGACAGUCAAAUGCUUGAUGUGGAGCACAGCCAGUACAUGCUGAACAUUCCUCUUAUUCCAUCCAACCCAGAAGACAUGGACGAGAUGCUGAAACUCUGCUCUCAUGUGCGAUUCAGAGUGCCUCAACAGAUUCUUCAAGGCCUGGUGGAUGUAAGGACACCACACAAUGACUUUUAUCAUGAGGUUUUCAUGGCAAUUAUGGGUGAAAAAUCAAGAUAUGCCUUGCAUGAGCACAUACAGCAAAUAACUACCCCUUUGCAAAUCAUCUGGGGCAAACAGGAUCAGAUUGUGGAUGUGUCUGGGGCAGCAGUGCUCAAAGAAGCUAUCCCAGCCUCCCGUGUUGAUUUGCUGGAUAACUGUGGCCAUUCUGUGGUGAUGGAGCGACCACGCCAAACAGCCAAACUCAUUUUAGAUUUUAUCAUCUAGCAGAGCCCAGCAAGUGCCAGCACAAAGAAGAAAUCCUGAGAUGUCUGCUAUUUUAUUAUAGUUAAAGCUGAAGUGUGUAAUUUCUUUGCCACUAGCAGUCAGAACUGCAGAAAAGAGCCUAAAGUUGUGGUAGUUGACAUCGUAGAUCAGUGGCGGCUGGUAAUUUCUCUUCCAAGGGGCGUGAAUUGUGUUGCUAGUCAUUUAAAAAUAUGUGUUCGUAUUUUGACAAGAUGCAUGUGCAUCAUGCAUUUUGUCAAAAUACGUGUCUGCUGCACAGACGUGGAAAAGGGUUUAUGAUAAAAGAGACGCUCACGUUCACGAAAUACUCGCAAGACACUCACUUAACAGUAAACUCUGAUUACCUGGCAAAUGCUAGCGUUACUUUUAUCAUAAACCCUUUAGAAGCAUGUGCAGCAGGCACUUAUUUUGACAAUACACAUGAUGCACAUGGUUCACAUGGCACGCUGAACACAUAUUUUGACAUGUCGAGCCACACACGACAGGCUAAAUACAUGUUGUGACGAGAAGUGACAUGUUGUGAGAAGUCAAUGGCCGACACUGCCGUAGAUCAGUAUUGUGAUUUGUAUGAUAUGCUGAACUAUUGUUCAAACAUUUAGGGUGAUUGAAAUGGUUCUCACAAACUUAACAAUCUUUUAAUCUAAAGGUAUUUAAAUAUUAGAAAUAACUUUUGCUGACCGAAAUAUAAGUGUGCCAACAUACUGUAUUCAUUUCUUUCAUUAGAAAGCUAAUGUUGUAUUUUAACAAUAUUUUUUUAAUGGAUGACUUGGACCAAAUAAUGUAGAAAAAGCUGCCAAUAAAAGCCUGUAAUAGAUGGAAAUGUCUUUUAUACUGUUUUAAAAGCAUUUCACAGCGAGACCUCAAGAACCUGCUUGAUAUAAUGCCAAAGUAAAACUUUACAAACUCUAUAGUCACAGGGUGACUAGACUAAAGAUAUUAAAAUAUA